AUGCCUCUGCCGCCACUUCCCAACUACAAGUUUUCCUAUGAGGAAUUCACUGUGGAUCCAAACCAAGAGUCUGAAGCUGAUGGAUUUGGGCGCCUUUACGCGACGCCCAUGACAAUGACUACUGAGGAUGGUUCCAUUCUAUAUGAAACUGGAGACUUUAACCUACUGUUUCAGAUCAUUUGCUCAAACGAUACAAAGACCCUUGAGCGAUAUCUGGUCGCCGCACCUAGGAUCAUCCUAGAGGCAUCGAAAAUUUUGAUAGGGUAUCAGGGCAUUCACGAUAAUGAAGAUUGCCUUCUGGAAGCAGUCCAGACUGGAUGUCUCAAUGCACUCAAAAUGCUUCUAUCUCACUUCAUGCAAUUGCGGGAGGGGGAUCUUAUGCUGCAGGUCAGAUUCAAGCAGCGGCGCUACAAGCUGCUCAACCGCGCGGCAAAAUGGGGCCAUAUCGAGGUGGUGAAGUACUUACUCGACAAUCAGCCACUGUACGCCGACAUCCAUGCACGGGGCUCUCAUGGUCACACUGCAUUACUGUGUGCUGCAGAUCUCUACUUUUUGUCUUUGGCUGUGAAGUGGGCAAGCCCAGAGUUGAUAAAGAGGCUCAUCGCUAGUGGUGCCGAUCCUAAUACCAAGGUGAUGAGAGGCCCUGGGGGGCUGAUUUUUUGGAAUCAACAUGAUCCGUUCAACGAAUUACCUGCGCUGUUUGAUGCCUGCACUCACGCCAACUUCAAAUUCGUUGAGACUCUGAUUAAUUGCAGAGACAUUGCCGUUGGUGUUACCGACGUCUUGUUCACUCGCGACAAUCGAGGAAGUAUUCCUCUCCACUGGGCUACUCAAAGUAGACUGCCAGCCGAGUUCGACGGCUUCCCUGACCUCGAAGAAAUAGCCCAAAACAUCGCAAACACCGUCGAACUACUCCUCAGUCUUGACCCUGCGACAAUCAACGUUCAAGAUAAUGACGGAAAUACACCUUUACACUAUGCUACCCGGUCAGAAGGCCGACAUAAUAAGUUAUAUAUACCCGUCUUUAAGCUUUUAUGCGACAAUGGUAGCGAUGCUAGUGUACGCAAUAAAAAUGACGAAACACCUCUGCACACCUUGUUUCUUCUCCAUCGAAACAACAACUCAUUCACCGACCAAGAUCCUGUCGACCCAGCCGCUAUAUCAAUAAUGCUCGCCCACGGUGCAAGCCCCACGGAUACCGACAAUGCUGGAAACACGCCAUUGCAUCUUGCGGCUUCUAAUCUCCAUUGGACCGAAGCAUUGUUGUAUCUUCUCGAGCGUGGUGCUGAUCCUGCUCAAAAGAAUCUGAAACAAGAGACGGCUCUUCACAGAGCUGCUUGCGGUAGUUAUAAAGGGACUCAUCUCCUCGUUAGAUCCGAUGAAAGGAUCAGAGCCCAGGAGAAUGUGCUGGCAAUCUUAGUGAAGGCUGGAGGAGAUGAGUUGAUGGAUCAAGCAGAUGCGGAGGGGAAAACUCCGCGACAGAUUUGCAAGAGCAAGAGGGAUGAGUGGAUAUUGAGGGAUAUACGUUGA